GGACAUUUACUCUAGUAAAAAUAGCAAUACUGCACAAUAGAAAUGCUCCAUUGACGUGGUCAACCCCUUUUGCCCGGAAGCUCUGCCCCUGAUGCUGCAUUAAAGCUCACUCAUCCUGAUGCUGACAGCGCGCUGAGGGUAAGCCAGGCCUGAAAGGGAAGUGCUGAGAGCCACAAGAGCCCUGAAGCACCAGUGAUUGCAGUGCUAUUAUCCAGCCAAGGCUAAGCUGCCCAUGAAAAGGAAAGCAAAAUACUUCAUCUUUCCCAUUCAAUGGAACCAAUAUGCUCAAACUCACUGUCAACUAUGUGGACUGGCAGCGAGCCAACUCUGCUAUUCCUCUUGAUGUUUACCUUUUGUCCAUGUGAGGAACAAGUGUCCACAUGAAACAUGAACACCGCCAAAGGCUUUAGCAGAAGUUGACUGUAGACACGUGAUGAUAGGAAAUUUCCACGCUGUGUAAAUAUUACUUAAAACCUGAUCACAGUAUGCUGAGGCUUAUGCGUGCUUCUCAGGUGAUCACCCCCUCCCUGUUUUUUCACAUCUAGAGUUUCCUCUAGAGUCCUGUGUACAGACAACAGGAUUAUCAAAGGCAAGGAUUAAAGAAGCAUUUUCCACUUUAGUUGGCAUGGGUGACCAACUAAUAAUGUGUCAUGCUUUAAAUGAUAGAUGUAGGGUCAAACAAUAUGUUGAGUAGACUCAUACCUGUUGGCAAAAGCUGGUGUUGAGGUGUAACCUACCCUGUUGUGACAUCAGCAGUGCAGCUUGCAUGGCAGGCUUGUCAAACCGGUGUUGGAGCCUGCAGGAGUGCUGUCACCAUUCAAACUGCCUGGAGAAACCCACCUGUGUCACCGCCUUCACCGCGAUUCAACAAUCCCAAAGUUUUCUCGUCUACUUGCGCUCAUGGAAAGAAAGAACAACUACAGGUGAAUCGGUGCAUCAAGUGAAACGAGGAAAAACAAAACUUGACCACGUACAAAAAAGAGAACAAAUUCCGAAAGAAUGGAAACGAAUGGGAUCGAAAAGAAAAGAAACGGUCUGGAGGGCGAUGCGGACCUCCAGUUCCUCCUGCAGGGGGGGGAUCUCCUCAAAGUCCGUUCCACAUCCUGGAAGAAGACUCGCUUCUUCAAACUCCAGGAAGACUGCAAGACCAUGUGGCACGAAUCCAAGAAAACCUUCAAGACAAAUCAGACCUUCUCAGUCGAUGAAAUCUCAGGGGUGAGAAUGGGCCGACAGUCAGAGGGUUUGCGGAAGUACACAGAGGAGCAGGUGGAGGGCCGCUGCUUUUCCAUCAUGUUCAAGGGCCGCCGCAAGAACCUGGAUCUCAUCGCCAGCUCAGAGGAGGAGGCCAGGAAGUGGGUCAACAGCCUGGAGAAAAUUAUCUCCAACCUAAACAACCUCACUUGCCAGCAGAAGACAGAGCAUUGGAUCUACAGCUGCCUGAGGAAAGCAGACAAAAACAAAGAUGAUAAGCUGAGUCAGUCAGAGGUCCAGAACUUCUUCCGUCUGAUCAACCUUGAUGUGGACGACGACUAUGCAGAAAUGCUCUUCAAGAAAUGUGACAAAUCAAAAUCUGGAUACCUGGCUGGAGAGGAGAUUGAACAUUUCUAUGACUUGUUGACUCAUCGGGAGGAAAUCGAUGUGAUCUACGGAGAGUACGCGAAAACCACGGGCUUCAUGAGCUCUGAAAACCUGGUGGAAUUCCUGUUGAAAGAACAGAGAGAGAAAGCUACACUGGCAGAUGCACACAAGAUUAUUGAGAAGUGUGAGCCGGAUGAAAAUGUCAAGCAGAAGAAGCUGCUGUCCAAAGAUGGCUUCCUCAUGUACGUGCAUCAUCCAGAGGCCUGGAUCCUAAAUCCAGUUCACAAGGACGUGUACCAGGAUAUGAGCCAGCCCCUCAACCACUACUUCAUCUCCUCCUCACACAACACUUACCUCAUGGAGGAUCAGCUCAAGGGGCCCAGCAGCACAGAGGCUUAUAUCAGGGCUCUGCUGAAGGGCUGCCGCUGCGUAGAGCUGGACUGCUGGGACGGAGAUGAUGAUGAGCCAGUGAUCUACCACGGCUACACAUUCACCUCUAAGAUCCUCUUCAAAGACACAAUCAAAGCCAUCAAGGAGUAUGCUUUUAAGACGUCCGAUUACCCCGUGAUCCUCUCCUUGGAGAACCACUGCAGUGUGAAGCAGCAGGAAGUCAUGGCCCAUCACAUGAGCACCAUCCUGGGCAGCGCACUCAUUACCGCUCCGCUGGGGGAUGGCAUGCCUACAGAAUUCCCAUCUCCUGAGGAAUUAAAGGGGAAGUUCCUGAUCAAAGGGAAGAGAUUAAACAAACUGGAGGCCACCUUUGCAACUAAGGCUGCAGCGGCUGACGACACCGACGUGACGGAGGAGGAAGAGUCGAAUGAUGAGGAGGAAAAGGAGGAGGCAAAGGAGAGCAGCAAGAAAAAAAAGAAGCUGAAACUAGCAAAAGAGCUGUCAGACAUGGUGAUCUACUGUAAGAGCGUCCAUUUCCACGGCUUCGAGGACGCCAGACAAAACCUGAGCUUCUACGAGAUGUCGUCCUUCAAGGAGGGAAAGGCCAUGAAACUGGCAGAGGAGUCUGCGAAUGCCUACAUCCGUCAUAAUGUGGAGAAGCUGAGCCGCAUCUAUCCAGCAGGCUCCAGGACAGACUCCUCCAACUACAACCCAGUGCCCCUGUGGAACGCCGGCUGCCAAAUCGUGGCCCUAAACUUCCAGACAACCUGCACAGACAUGGAUUUGAACCUGGGUAGAUUCGUGGUUAACGGGAAGAGCGGCUACAUCCUGAAACCAGCCUACAUGAGAGACAUAGCCACAGAGUUUGACCCUAUCACUCUGACUCGUGGAGACUGGCUGAAGCACAAGACGCUCCAUGUCAUGGUUAUAUCAGCCCACCAGCUCCCCAAAGUGAACAAGAAGAAAUCCUCCAUAGUGGACCCGCUGGUUAAAGUGCAGGUGCAUGGAGUGCCGGCUGAUGUUGCUGAGAAAGAAACCAAUGCUGUUGAUAACAAUGGCUUUAACCCUUCAUGGAAUGAAAACUUCCAGUUUGAUGUGUAUGUGCCUGAUCUGGCACUGGUGCGCUUUGUUGUGGAAGACUAUGACUCCACGUCUGAUAAUGAGUUUGUGGGACAGUACACACUUCCACUCAGCAGCUUAAAAAUGGGAUACAGACAUGUGCCUCUGCUCAACAAGAAUGGAGACCUUCUCCCCUCAGCUGGGCUCUUUGUUCACAUCAUGGUCAUCGAUGCUGAGUGAGACAUCACUGACUGGCAUGUGCCUCUGCAGGACACUAGGACCUCCAUUAUACAGCCAUGUCUUUUUAAAUAGAUUUUAUAGUCUUUUUUCAUUUAGUUUUUUGCUCUGUAGUUUUAGUUCAUGAUUAACUUAUUGGCUUCAUUCCAGAAGUUUAAACAGCUACUUACCAUCUUGUCAAGGGACAAUGGUGCCAGUUAAAACUGCACACUAAUACUGUACAUACACACUAGGUUUGCUCGACUUUAUAAUACAACAGAUGAAUGACAUUGCAGGGACUACUUUACAGGCUGUUUUCAUUGGUCUGUAUGAGUUGCACUAGUGUUACACCGUGUUCAGUUUGCAAUGGCAUUGAAUUUUUCACGGACAGCUUGUGUCUCUCAUUUCUGCUCAGUCAAUGAAUUGUCUAUUUAAAUCUUUUUUAUUCAAAUGACCAUUUUAUUCAUUCUGUAGAAACAUAAGGCAACAUAGAAACUGUGCUUUGUCCUCAUCAGUAAUUUUAGUCAUCAAGUAUGAUUAUUUUUCAUGUAUUAUCACAACUAUAUCUUUAUCUUUUUGUAAAUCAGGAUGAAGAUAAAAAAAUGUAAGCACAAACACCUGUCUGUCUUUUUUUCAGCACUUUGACUAAAACAGUACUUACACCUGUAGUCACAUAAAGAGAAACCUUAUUAAUAAUCUUGGUGCUUGGUCACCCAGUGGAAUAACACUGCUGUAUCUUACUUAAUAACCUGUCUGUUCGCUAAUUAUGACAGUAACUGAGCUAAUGGCAAUAUUAGCCUGCAGCGCAUACAACAGGAAAACCAAGUAUCUUUUUGACCCACUGUAUUUUAUGCAAACACCAAAAGAAGGAAACUUGUUUGAGGCUGAGCUACUUGAGGCUUUCCACAGAAUAAAAUGAUUUCCUAGUCAACCUUGAAUGUACACAUCCUUGGUACACAGAGUGUCAGUCAAGAGGUCAGGAAGGGGAUGGGUUAGUUUACUGUUGAAUGAAAUGAAGUGGAAGGUUAUUUCAUGUCUUAAGUACAUAGGGUAGCUAUGAGAAAUAUGUUAUGUAAGCAAUGGAUCACAUGACACAGGUAACGAUCAUCCACUCAGGAGGCCACAAACACAGAUUCAAAUGAAUAUUAAUGUUGCUCCAUAUUUGUUGACUGUGUAAACAGACAACUAUUUGCCAACAUCAACAUGAAAGCUUCGUCAGUUGUUUGAUGCUUGUUCCAACAGCACCUAAGUGGCCAGAAAUAUAUUGCAGAUUAAAGUUAAUUUGUUGUACCAACUGCCAGUGUGACAAAUUGUAAAGAGACUUAAUAAGCUGGUUGUGAAAAAGUUUGUUUGCCAUUAGUCUGCUGACAGAAGACGAGCAACAUUUCUUCAUAAAAAUGUGCUUUAUUGUGACAUAUCUGUAAGGAAAUUAAUGGCAAAAUAAAUUGACUGUAAAAUAUAGUAACAGAACACAAAUAACAUUCUCUCUCAUGACUUUUGGAGUUUCGUACCACAUAAGGUACAGAGGAAACCACAGUCACACCAGUCUGCAGAGAUGAUCUUUGGCCUUAAUUCAUAUACCAUAUCAGACAUAUCAGACAUUUGAAAACAAAACAGACAUGACAAAAUUGUUUCAAUGAAGCCUUUUAUUAUGGAAAGACAGAAAGAAAAAAAACUGAUGCUCAGGAUGACAACACGCUGCCAACACUCAAAGUAAGCCAACAUGAACAAAAAGUGAAGAACCUGAUCCAAAAUUAAAAAAAAAAAAGCUGUGACUUGAACUCAAGUGUUGUAGAACUUUGGUGUUAAAUCAAUACAAAAUAAUGAAUGUGUGAUUAUGAGUGAGGUGAUACACAAAGAAAAAUCAAGGACACACACACACACACACACACACAACACAUACUCACACACAUGUCCCCUGAUAGGAAAGACAAGACCUGACUGAGAGUUCUUACCAAAGGCAAGAGAGAGGGACACUACAGAUCUGAAAGAAAGUAUACAGUGGGUAAUAUGCAACUUUUCAAACCAAAUACUGACAAAAGGUAGGUAGAAAAAUAUCACAAUGAUACAAACAACAUUUUCAGAGAAAGGUAAUCAUUGAGAGGUUGAGAAGAGUGGACCAAACACUUCUUAGAAAAGGACAUUGCACUGAAACCAUCAUCAUGAGCAGAGCACUCAUCACCAACACAAAUGCUUAUGCAAAAGAAAUGAAAUGUUUUAAUACGCCUGAAGGAGCAGCAGCCAUUCAACUGGAAAAGACAAAAAAUGGUGGAAAUUAUGAAGUAGUGUAGGUCUUUUUACUACAACAUCAUGACCCAUAAACCAAGCAAUAAAGCAAAUGAGGUGUGUUGGGGCUUACAAUCCCUAGAUGGCACGACAAGAGCUUUUUCAAGCUUCAUUGCUUCAUUUUAUUGUUUCACAAUGUAUGAACCACAUAUGGUCCACAUAUAUGGCCAAGCCACACUCCAUAAGAAAAUACUAACGAGACGACGCUGUAGAUGUAACCUUGGAAUUAAUGAAGAAACAUUGCUUUGUGCCUCCACAGGCAGUAAGGCAUCAAUGCCAUGAUGAGGUUCUUCACAGUCCUUUUGCAGUGGCGCAGUGGUCUCGUUUCAAGCUGGCCCCUAACAUGUGGAGGGCUAUCUGGAUGGGCCAGGACUGAGCACCCAUCUGUAGGUUUGGAAGGCGUCCUUUUUUUACUUUCUUCCAAAACAAAAGCUGAUAAGUAUGGCAAUGUAGUUAACGAUACAAGGUCGUUUGGCUGCUGUUGCUGAGAUAGACCAAGCAACAUUCAAGUCGUAUCAGUACUUACAUUUUUGAAAAAAAAAAAAAAAAAAAAAAUCAUUUAGAUGUUGAAUAAUUGACCUUUUAUUCUAAAAUGAUUAAAGGACUAAAUUAUGCUUUUGGAUCAAAUAAUGUGAAAAAUUAAUGUUUGAAGGUUAAUUUGUGAACACUGAAAAUCAUUGUGAUGACCAAGCCAGCUUUACUGUUACACCUAUCACAGCUAGCCUUUUCCAGUGCUCUAGACACCCAAACCAAACACUUGGGAUGGAAACUCCCCCCAAAAAAGGUUUAUUGCCAUGGUAGCUAAUGUUGCAGCAUUCGGUUUGCGCGGCUCCUCUCAAAGUUAGGCACUGAGGUGAAGAGCAGUUAAAAUGAGUCUGGGAAGGUAAACGCCACACAUUGUCUCCACUGGUGGUACACCAGGACCUUCACCACAUGUAAAUCAGGAGAGAAUGGUGUGAUUUCAACACUGUCCAGACUCAACCUGACACUAUCCUAUAUUCUCUAAAGACACUACCCUCAUGAAAAAAUAAAAACAUGGCACUCGACCCAUUUACUGUGAGAUCCAAGACCAUCUGAAACAACAAAAGGGAUUCCUUUGCCAACUGUGUACAAUUGUGGAGAAAGAUCAUCCCCUAAGGGUGAAGCUGCACCACUAAAGAGUGCGCCAAAAAAAACAACCGAAAAAUAAUAAUAAUAAAAA